CCAACCCCCCCCCCCUCUUCUUCCCAACCGUUCGUGCACUCCCUAGAGAGUGGAGACCUCUGAAGCCAAGGAAAACCCUAGCCCUUCAUCGCCGCCGCCGUCCCCGGGUCCUCAGCGCCGCCGCUGCUUCCUCUUCCCCGUGUCGUUUUCAUCUUCGCUGGCACGUCGUUUACAUCUUCCUCUUCCCCAGGUAGCUCGGCACGUCGUUUUCAUCUUCGCUGGCUUCCCGGCACGGAACCCAGUGAUCCACCGGUUGAACCAGUAAUCCGGUGACCCGAUCAAAGAAGAAGAAGAAGAUUACAGUUUUUUUCAAAUAUUAAACCUCUCUUCCUUUCUUCUUUGCCAUGCCCUUGCCUAGGCACAUGCCCUAUUCUUACCUAUCUUACCAGAACCUCUACGAAACACUCAAGCAUUGCUCCUCCCUCAAAUCCCCACGCAACGCCCGCGUGCUCCACGGCCACCUCAUCCUCUCCGGCUGGUAUGCCUCCGUCUUCUUGUGCAACAGCCUCCUCCACGUCUAUUCCAACUGCCACCUCACCGACGAUGCCCUCCGCCUCUUCCACGAGUCCACCACUCACCGCAAUGUCUUCACUUGGAAUGCCAUCAUCCAUGCGCUACUCUCUUCUGGUCGGGUCUCCCACGCACAACACCUGUUCGACGAAAUGCCCCAACGAGACUCCGUCUCUUGGACAACCCUCAUAUCCGGCUACUCUCACAAUGGCCUCCCAGCUCAUAGCAUCCAGACCUUCACUUCCAUGCUCCGGGAAUUCGAAUUUCAUAAUGGUCAAACUCAGGACAAAUUUGAUCCUUUUUCGUUUACUUGUGUAAUGAAGGCUUGUGGCUGCCUCGGAUGCACUCCUUUCGCUCUUCAGUUGCAUUCCCUUGUGGUCAAAUUACGUUUAGGAGCCCAUAUCAGCAUCCAAAACGCCCUUGUUGAUAUGUACAUUAAAUGCGGAGCGAUUGGGUUCGCGGAGAGUGUCUUCUUUGGCAUUGAGGAGCCCAGUUUGUUCUGUUGGAACAGCAUGAUUUACGGUUAUUCAAGGUUGUAUGGAGCUUAUAAGGCUCUUGAUUUGUUUUCUCGGAUGCCGGAACAUGAUUCUGUUUCAUGGAACACUUUGAUCUCAGUUUUCUCUCAGCACGGCCUUGGGGUCAAAUGCCUUUUCUUGUUUUUAGAGAUGUGUGAUAGGGGGUUUAACCCGAUUUUCAUGACCUAUGGUAGUGUACUCAGCGCGUGUGCCAGCAUUGGUGAUCUUGAAUGGGGUGCACACUUGCAUGCUCGGAUUCUUCGCGUGGAGCAUGGCUUAGAUGCCUAUUUGGGAAGUGGUUUGAUAGAUAUGUAUGCUAAGUGUGGACGCUUAGAAUUGGCGAGGCGCGUGUUUGACUGCUUAGAGGAACGCAAUGAAGUUUCUUGGACUUGCUUGAUCACUGGUGUGGCUCAGUUUGGACUUGAAGAAGACGCUCUGGCAUUGUUUAACCAAAUGAGACAGGCUUCUGUUGUGUUGGAUGAUGUUACCCUUGCAACUGUUCUUGGGGUUUGUUCAGAACAAAAUCAUGCUGCUAUUGGGGAGCUGCUUCAUGGAUAUACAAUCAAAAGUGGUAUGGAUUCUUAUGUUCCUGUAGGGAAUGCAAUUAUUACAAUGUAUUCAAAGUUUGGCGAUUUUGAGAAAGCUUAUCUUGCAUUUAGAUUGAUGCCGCUUAGAGAUACUAUAUCAUGGACAGCCAUGAUCACUGCCUUCUCUCAGAAUGGAGACAUUUCCAGAGCUCGUGAAUGUUUUGAUUUAAUGCCUGAGCGCAAUGUCAUCACUUGGAACUCAAUGCUAAGCACAUAUGUUCAACAUGGGUUAUCGGAAGAAGGGCUGAAGUUGUAUGUUCUGAUGAGAAGAAGAGGAGUAGAACCAGACUGGAUCUCUUUAGCUACUUCAAUUAGGGCAUGCGCUGACUUAGCUGUUGUAAAACUUGGGAUGCAAAUUCUAUCGCAUGCCAUUAAGUUCGCCCUUAUAUCGGAUGUUUCAGUUGCAAAUAGUAUUGUUACCAUGUAUUCAAGAUGUGGGCAAAUCAAAGAAGCACAGAAAGUUUUUGACUCAAUAUAUGUGAAAAACCUUAUUUCCUGGAAUGCUAUGAUGGCAGCAUAUGCUCAAAAUGGUUUAGGCAAGAAAGUAAUUGAGACAUUUGAGGAUAUGUUGAAGACCGAGUGCAAACCUGAUCACAUUAGUUAUAUUUCUGUUCUAUCUGGCUGCAGCCACAUGGGGCUUGUAGUAGAGGGUAAACAUUACUUCAAAUCCAUGACUAAAGUUUUUGGUAUUUCUCCUACAAAUGAGCACUUUGUUUGUAUAGUAGAUAUGCUUGGACGAGCAGGGAUGCUAGACGAGGCUAAGGAAGUGAUAGAUGAAAUGCCUUUUAAGCCGAAUGCUACUGUUUGGGGGGCUCUACUUGGAGCCUGCCGAAUCCAUCAUGAAUCACAUCUAGCAGAAACUGCCUUGAAGAACUUGGUGGAAUUAAAUCCUGAAGAUUCUGGUAAUUAUGUCCUUCUAGCAAAUAUAUAUGCUGAAUCUGGAGAGUUAGAAGGUGUUGCUAAUAUGAGAAAGCUAAUGAAAGUGAAGGGAAUUCGAAAGAGUCCAGGCUGUAGCUGGAUAGAGGUUGAUAACACGGUACAUGUAUUCACCGUAGAUGACACCAAUCAUCCACAGAUAAAGGAAAUUUAUAUAAAACUGGAGGAGAUGAUGAAGAAGAUAGAACAUACAGGAAGAUAUAUUAGUUCAGUUUCUUCUCCCCAUAGGAGUCAGAAAUACCAUAGUGAAAAGCUUGCCUUCGCUUUUGGGUUACUGAGUUUGCCAUCUUGGAUGCCUUUAUAUGUGAUGAAAAAUCUCCGUGUCUGCCAUGAUUGUCACUCGGUAAUAAAGCUAUUGUCUUUUGUCACCUCAAGGGAACUUAUCAUGAGAGAUGGAUUUCGAUUUCAUCAUUUUAAGGAUGGGGUUUGCUCGUGUAAAGAUUAUUGGUAACAUGUGCACCACUGCAUGUCUACAUUGGUUUUGCAUUUUGGUUUGAUAUUGAAUUUAAUUGGCCAGCAAGAGCACCAAGCAAUUUUCAUUAAUCAACUCCUUACUGAUAAUCAUCUAGUGCACACUAGUUGGAGGAGAGAAAGUGGACAAAUCCUGACUCCUGUCCACUGCACCAGAGGAUCCUCCAGCACAUUGGGAGCAGGCAUUCAUAUACUAUUAUGAUCCCCAUAGAGCUGGAACAAGAUCCAGUAAUUGAAGGUUCAGUGUCAUUAAAAGAAAGAAGGUGCUCGGUUCAUUCAUGGAUAUUCAAUUCACGUUGAGUUUAUGUGAGGUGAGAUAGAGAACAAUGUGUAGCAUAAUCAUACUUAACUUUUUUGUGUCUGCUGCAACGCUGACAAAAGGAGUUCAGCUGUUAGUAAUAAUAUACUAUGUCAUAAGAUUACAUCAUUUUUAUAA